UUGUAGCGUAUGCAGCUACGCUACACAAUACCUCACAAUCUUUUUUUAAAUGUCGUUGUGUACAGCAUGCCAACAGAUGUUCUAUAACUUUUUUUGGUACUUGCGUAUUUUUUUUCACGGUUGUGUUAAUACUUAUUUUAUCAAGAAAAGGAGUGUGGAAAUUAGCCCACGAUGUAAUUUAAUGUCUGAAUUAACAGCAAGUUAACAGACAGAGAAGUGAUGCAGGUUGGAGAGAACACUUGCAUCAUCACUGCUAGUGGAGAUGGAGUGAAUGAAACAGAAAAUGACCUUCCUCAUAAAAGGAUCUACAUGGAUUACAAUGCUACAACUCCUUUGGAGCCUGAAGUCAUUGAAGCAGUGACUGAAGCCAUGAAGGAGGCCUGGGGCAAUCCAAGCAGCACCUAUGAACCAGGAAGGAAGGCCAAAGAAAUCUUGGAUUGGUCAAGAACAGCUGUUGCAUGUAUGGUUGGAGGAAAGCCAGAUGAUAUCAUAUUCACUUCUGGAGGGACUGAGGCCAACAAUCUGGUUUUCCAUACAGCUGUGAACUACUUCAAGGAUACAUGGAAGAAUUCAGGACAAAAUAGCCUUAGUGCAGACCGGGAUGCAAAAAGAUCCCUGCCUCACUUCAUCAUUUCAAAUGUUGAACAUGACUCUGUGAAAUUGGUUGUAGAGAAACUGCAAAAAGAUGGAAAAGGAGAAGUCACCUUUGUUCCUGUCUCAAAAGUAAGUGGGCGAGCUGAAGUUGAAGAUGUCAUUUCAGCAGUCAGACCAACCACUUGCCUUGUCUCUGUCAUGAUGGCCAACAAUGAAACUGGUGUAAUUAUGCCCAUUUCAGAGAUUGGUGAACGACUGAAAGUCUUGAAUCAGUCAAGAAAAGGAAAAUUUCCUAGAAUCCUGUUCCAUACAGAUGCUGCACAAGCAAUAGGGAAAGUACAUGUUGAUGUUGAAGAACUAGGUGUGGACUACCUUACCAUCGUUGGACACAAGUUUUAUGGUCCCCGGAUUGGAGCAUUGUAUGUCAGAGGACCAGCUGUUGAGUCACCUUUAUUCCCCAUGUUUUUUGGAGGAGGACAAGAAAGGAACUUCAGACCAGGAACAGAAAACACACCAAUGAUUGCCGGCCUUGGAAAGGCUGCUGAACUGGUCACUCAGAACCUUGAGGCAUACAAAGAUCAUAUGAAGAUGGUCAGAGACUACCUAGAAGAAAGACUGAUGGAUGCUUUCGGGAAGCAGAGAAUUCACUUCAACAGCCACUUUGAAGACACUGAUGUGCUUCCUAAUACGUGUAAUGUCUCUAUAAUUGGACCUAGCCUGCAGGGUCGCAAAGUGUUGUUUCGGUGUCGAAGGCUGCUGGCAAGUGUAGGUGCUGCAUGUCAUUCAGACAAAUGUGACAAGCCUUCUCAUAUCUUGCUGAGCUGUGGAAUUUCUUAUGAGAUAGCCAGCUGUGCUGUACGACUUAGUGUAGGUCGUGCCACGACUAAGGAGGAAGUUGAUGUUAUUGUAAAGGAUCUGGUUCAGGCAGUGGCUCGACUUGAACCAUGCAAUCCCGGAACAGAUGUAAGAUAAGCACAGAACCAUCUUGGAGGAGAGAGUACAUGGACUUUAUUCCAUAAAUCUGUGGGAUAUCAAAAGAUGUCUUAGCUUUUCCCAUUAAUUGCCAAAAUAAAUAGUAUUGUAUAUUUGACUAGCACAUUGUGCAGUGUGUGAAAGGAAGAGUAAAAUCUUAAUUCUAACAUCCAUGUGAGUGCAUUCGCACUUCCUUUCUUGGGACUUUACCCUUGAAGAGUCUAUAAUAGUAGAAGCAUGCAGUGCAACAUAUGUCAUUUAAGCUGAAACUGUAGUUGCCAUUAAUGAAAUCAUAAGAUUCAGAAGUUGUCACUCCCAAGUGUGGUUGUAACUUUGAGAAUCUUAGCACAGCAUUCUACAUUUGCUACACUUCUGAUCCUUUUGAAGUAUGUGUACUUAACAGUAUUUUCUUUCUCCUGUGCUGUCUUAAGUCUUUAUCAUUUCUAGAAUCUGUUUUGUGCAUUGUACAUUGCUCAGCUAAGUGAAUGUUGACGUCCUACAAGGAAUUUGAUUCACUGUGUUGCGAAACAAGUUUAAGAAUCCAUGGAGUGCUUUGAAUACCAGGAUAACAUAGGAAUGCAUGAGUAAGUUUUAGUCAUGAUUAGCUACAAAUGUUUUAUUCACUGACUAAUUACUUGGGCAGCUAUAAGAACCCUAUAAAAAUGUAUUGAAUAUCUAAGCAGGAAUUUUAGGUGUUUGACUUAACUUUAUUUAUAUUUGCCAAGUACAAUUUUCACUUUGCAGAGAUUUAGAAAUUGUAAAGGAGUAUGAGUCACCAUCUAGCGCAUCAGACUGGAUUCCCUGAUUAACUAAGUAGCUAAACACAUUUAUAGGAAACAGAAAAAAAAAAUCACUGGCUCAAAAGAAAUUACAGAACUUUGUCUCGCACAGUAAAAACACACAAGUUUUUACACCUCCUGUGUUCUAUCAAAAGGAAACAUGAAGUAUGAAACCUUGUGUGUUUUUUUCCAUGUAUAAUAAAGUUCCUUGGUUUCUUUUGUGCCAGUGGCGUUUUUUUUUUUUUUUUUUUUUUUAACUGCUGUUACUACUUUGCUAUGGAUUUGCCUGUUUAGAGCUACCGAUUUUGUGGUGUUUUUAUAGGAACACAAUAUGCUUGAUUCACAGAAUAGAUGUGUAUAUUCCUAUUGGGAUGUGACACUUAUGGAAAACUUAACUGCAGGUAAAAAUGUUCGUCACAUAGUGUAUACAAAAGAAGACCAUCCAGAGCACUCAAAAGCUUAUUUGUUUUUUUGUAUUUUUUUUCUGUGCUGCUAUGGACUUGUCACACUGCAGUAUUUUUUAACAUCAAACACCGUUCAGCUUCUCUUCAGGCAGUUUAGUCAGUUGUAGUUUAAACCUUUAUACCAGGAAGUUGAAAAUGUCAGAUUUCCUUGGUUGUUAAAGGGACAAUCCCAGCAUUUAACAUUUGUGUACAAAUUCAGGAUGACCAGCUUUCUGGUGGGGUUAAAGGGAAAUGUGUCAGACUUCCUGUAUUUUGACAUUUUUUUUUAUUCCAUGAGUGCAUAGCUUUUCUUUUAAAAAUAAGAAAACUGUCUUUCUUUCUGCUUUUUUCUUUUCUUUGCAUUUUUACAAGGUUAGCUGACUCAACCUUUGUGUAAUUGGUCUCUUGUACUUGUGGGCGCUGCGUGCAUCUGAUUACCUUUUUCUUUUCUAAUGUAAUUUGUCUUUGGAACAAUCAGAUUGAGAAAGUCUCCAUGAAAUAGCAGAUCCAUGGGAGUCUGUAAGUUGUUAGUUAAACCAAAAAGUAUGGCUUUGGGUGCUUUAUCUUGUAACCUAAAUGUCGUUUAUGGUAAAGUUUAAUGGAAAUUGCUGUUCCCAGUUGCCGACCACGAUUGUGUUAGAGCAACUCUGCUAUUUCGAAUAGUUUGUCAUCAGUCUGCUUGAUCUAAUAAAAAGGGGGGCUAAAGUGCUUUACUGUGUGUUUUAUAGCAACAGCAUCAAUACAAGUCUCAACUGUUCCUAGUUUUGCAAAAUGUCACUUACUUUGCCUCGUAUAUUGUUAUGUUCCUUAUAAAAUGUUUGAUUUUCUAACAAAGCCCUUAGGAUUAGAGUUCGUAAGUAAUGCUUUACAUUAUAGUUUCAUGAUUUUUGUGUAGAACAGUUCUGUUGAUGCAAAACCCCUGUUUGUAUCACUAAUGCCUCUACCUGGAUAUCCUGCCCACACACUCAUUGUAGAGGAAUUACUCUAACAGGUCAUUUAGCAGCUGCAUGCUUCCACUAUUACCAUUCUGACUUCAGUGCUAAACAUUGCAUCUGAUAUCAGUUUUCAUUUCUUCCUCACAUAUGGGUUCGGAUCUGAUCUGUUGUAUCCAGCUUGGCCAUUACAUUAGCUCAUGGCAACCAAAAAGCUGUUGGGCACCUCCUCUUACCGAUUUACAUAUAAAUGUCCUGGAGAUAAGAGCAGUGCUUCUAGUGUUGCAAGCCUUUCAGAAUGCUCUCCCUCGAGCAAUGGUUUCAAUUCAAUCAGACAACAUGUCGGUGGUCUGGUGCAUAAACAAACAGGGAGGAACCAGAUCAUGCCACCAGUGUCGAGAAGCACUCCGGGUGUGGCAUUGGGCGAUCUCUUCCAAUCAUUUUCUUGUAGCAAUGCACAUUCCAGUAAAGUCCAGCGUGAUAGUGGACAGGCUGAGCAGAUCCAUUCUCAUGCAUUACGAGUGGUCCCUCAACCACAAAGUUGUGGAAGAAAUUUUCUGCAGAUGGGGCCAGCCUUACUGAGACCUUUUUGCUUCCCCCCUGAACAACAAAUGCAGCAGCUACUUUGCCCUAAUUCCCCUGACUGGGGAGUCGCUGGGGGAUACUCUGAUACACAAGUGGCCUCCUGUAUGCCUUUCCCCUACUCCCUUGAUUCACAGAUUUCUCCAGAAAGCAAACAGGUUGAAGAGAAUGGUAGUCCUCAUUGCCCCUUUUUAUCCUCAACAAAUCUGGUUUCCUUUCAUUUGGCCUCAUUUGCAGAGAAAACCUUGGACUCUAGAUCCCACUCCAGACCUAGUGUCACAUCCGACAGGAAUGCUUUAUCCCAGUCUGUCCAACCUCAAACUGACAGCUUGGUUUCUCCAAUUCCACUAAUAGCCUGACAGCCUAUGCUCUUCUCCCCAGUCUGUCAUAUUUUACUAUCUUCCCGUAAAUCUUCCACUCAAAAACUUUAUAUGAGCACAUAGAAAAGAUUUGUAUCCUAGCUCAACAACAUGAUGUAGAUCCCUUCGCUGCACCAAUCCACUCUAUCCCUUUUUGAUAAUAAUAUGAUGAUAAUAGAGCAGCUACCUCUACAACUGAAGUGCAAUUAGCAGCAAUGUCUGAAUUUUACAUUGGGAGAGAUAACUCAUCACUGAUCUCCCACACAUUCUGUAAAGCCUUUGUAAAGGGAACCCUUUUGCUAAGACCACCUCCUAAGGAUACCUCCCCUCCAUGGGACCUAAACUUAGUGCUGCAUUUUAUCGUCCAGCCCCCAUUUGAACCUGUAGCGCAAUGUAAUAUAACAUUUUUAUCUUGGAAGACCAUCUUCCUAGUGGCCAUUACAUCUGCUAGAAGAAUAUCAGAGAUUCAGGACUUAUUUUUUCCAGUCUCCAUACCUGAUUUUCCAUAAAGAUAGUUUCCUUUUGCAGCAACCCCUCCUUUGUUGUUUCAGAGUCCAAUAUCAAUCGAACCAUUAACUUGCCUGUUUUCUUCCAUAACUUCAGUAACGAAGGUGAAUACGUACUGAAUUUGCUGGAUGUCCAUAGGCAAUUACGUUUUUAUCUAUACAGGAUGAAAGAGUUUAGGAAGGCAAAUUAAUUAUUUGUCUCCUUAUAGAGGAAUUAAUCUAACAGGUCAUUUAGCAGCUACAUGCUUUCCACUCUUACCAUUCUGACUUCAGUGCUGAACAUUGCUUUGCAGUCUUUGUAUAUAGAUUGAUCACAAGUGCUGCUUGUUUAUUAAUAAUAGUAAUAGUAAUUAUUAUUAUUAUUGCUAUGACUUGCAGUUCUGUUCCACAACACUGUAUGCCUACAACUACAAGUGUCAGUCGUGUUUUCUACACUCUAGGGCACCAAGAAUAUAUGGGGACUGUUGGAACUGCCCAGUGCAGCCACACUGGACAUUAUAUGAACAAAAUGGAUUACCCAGCUAAAUGCUUCACAACUCAGCUAGUUCUGCCUCUAGCAAGAUGUAAGUGCUGAAUUUGGCUGGUGGAUGCAAUACAGAAUGUGUGUACCUGGUCAAAGAUGUAGGAGUUAAUUUGGUGGCUGCCAAAAAAGCAAUUACUAGAAAAUGGAAAUUAAAACCUAAACUAAUAAUUCUUAAAGUAGUGACUGAGAUAAAAGAACAGGAAGUGGGAGCUUUAGAAAACACCAGGAGUAAAGUACAUAAAAAAAUGGAAAUCGUGGGAACAAUGUAUGAUGAAAGAGGUUUUUGCAGAGGAAUGAAGUUUAAGAGAAUGCAGGAAUUGAACAGUUUAUGUAAUUUUGCUUUGAUUAUAUGACAUAUAACAAUGUAUGUGAUGUAUAAUGUUUGUAAAUGUCAACUUAUUAAUAUGGUUUGAUUACUUUUAUAUAAAUUUAAGUUUGCCUAUGUCCCAAGUGAUCGUUCCAUAAAGGUGUUUAAAAAAAGGAGUUGGAGUUUAAUGCUGUUAUUCUGUUAAAUACUUUCUGAUCCUGUGUAUUAUUGAUUGUUUUGUUUAUUGAUUUAUUGUCCAGAGAUUAAGAUGAAUGAACUGAAGAUAGAUAGAUAUUUUAUUGAGAGAGUCAGCAAAACAAAUCCUGAAAACACAACAUCUUAAGUUUUUUAUUAAGUUUGCUUACUCCACGCAAUACUUUAAAGGUUAUAUUAUGGAAAGUAGCACUUGCUAUGAUCACAAAAUAAAUAUAAUGUUGCUGUAAUUUUCUUCAUUGAGUUUUAUCCACAGUGUUACUGUAUGUGCCUUGAAGAUUUUACGAUAUUUAAUGCUUGCUGUUUAUUUUGUUUCCUAUAUUUGUUUGCUAUGAUUGUUCUUACAUAUAAUGUGUUGCUAUUGAAAGCAAUAAAACUAAUGAGCAUUCACUUUUAA